AUGUCUUCCACUCUGGGUGACGAUGUGCCACCUACGCGCGUGUACGCGCUAUGGAAGCAGGAUGGUCAUUAUUACGCUGGCACCGUUCAUUCCCUCGUAUCCACUUCCCCCGCGCGGUACCUCAUCCAGUUCGAUGACGGCACGGAGGAUGUCAUAGAUCUGUCAAGGCUACGUCUUUGCCAGUUGACCAUCGGAGACAAUGUCUUACUGGUCGCAGAUGGUCAAAGAGCGAAGGUAGUCGACAAUGCCCAUCUUGACACGGAACGUAUCGUGACAGUAGAAAUUGACAACGGAGACGAACUCGACCGCAUGGAGGUCGAGGUGCAAUAUAUUCGCAUCGCCUCGAGAACGCUCAUCAGCGCGUGGAGGGACCGGACUCUGACCACUGGUGACAUCGUCCCCAUCGUCAGGCCCAAGCAGGCCAAGGUCACCCCGUCGCUCUCGAAGUCUACCAUUGCCAGUGCAGGCUCUGUGAAGGGGUCGCGCAGGUUGCUCGCGAAGACAGGACUGGUCGUCACCUUGAGCCCAGGCAAUCACAACUGGUCGAAAGACAAGGACCGUCUCAUGAGCUCGAUCAAGAGCACCGGUGGCACCGUCAUUGACGACUGGCUGGACAUAUUCUCGAUGGAAGGCACGCAUAGCCAGGGCAAUAAGCGAUGGGUAAUCCGCCAGGAUGACAUUCAAUGGCGUGAGCGCGACGAUGUUGAGCGGGUCUUCCUCUUGUCAGACGACUCCAAUCAAAAGCCCAAGUUCUUGAUCGCUCUUGCCCUCGGAAUCCCUUGCCUGUCUAUUGAGUGGCUGCAGCAGACUGUGGGCGCAAGAGCCGAGCAAGAUUGGUCCAAGUUUCUAUUGCCUGCCGGUUUCUCUGAUCCACUCAAUGCUCGAGUGUCUCAAAUGGUCGAUCUUGAUUGGGGAAACAGCACCGAGCAUCUCACCGACAUCUUGUCCAAUACGGUGGCUUCCAAGCUGUUCACCGACAAAUCUAUACUCUGCAUCGCCCCGGAUUUUCUCCCCGCCCCGAUGAAGACCUCCAGGAGGAACGGUGAUUCUGAUAAAGCGAAGGAGUCCACUCGUAUGGUCCCUCGCAUCAUCUUGUGUAUGGGUGCAGCUCGUGUGGAGGCCAUUCCAGACCUUAAGUAUGCAUCCACCGAGCUAUCAAAAUUCGACUAUGUGGUAGUCAAGGAGUGUGCCGACGUCGAUCGCGUGUCUGCCCAUGCCAAUUGCGUGCACUUUGGCUGGGUCAAGGACUGCCUGAUCGCAGGGAGACUGCUACCCUUGCCUGAGUAUUAG